AUGGGAAGGCCUCCUUGUUGUGACAAAUCCAAUGUGAAAAGGGGUCUUUGGACUCCUGAGGAAGAUGCUAAAAUACUUGCCUAUGUAGCCAAUCAUGGAACUGGAAACUGGACACUGGUUCCAAAGAAAGCAGGGCUGAAUAGGUGUGGUAAAAGCUGCAGGCUAAGAUGGACCAACUAUCUAAGACCUGACCUGAAGCAUGACAAUUUUACUCCCCAAGAAGAAGAGUUCAUUAUUAACCUCCAUGGAGCCAUAGGAAGCAGAUGGUCUGUAAUUGCAAGUAGAUUACCUGGGAGAACAGACAAUGAUGUCAAGAACUACUGGAACACAAAGCUAAGGAAGAAGCUUAUGAAGAUGGGAAUUGAUCCAGUGACUCAUAAGCCAGUAUCCCAAGUCCUCUCUGACUUGGGAAGCAUCAGUGGCAUCCCUAACACCACCACCACUAACCAAAUGGCUUUUGUCAACAAGGAGUUGGUGAUGAACAACAUGCUACCAACCAAAACUGAACCAUCAGCAGGUUCCAAUAAGUCAAUGGUGGAGCACACACAAGAGAGUCAAGUUCACUCAUGGGAACUCCACAGUCCUUACCAAGUCCUCACCACAGAAAAUGUCCAACCACAUGUCUUCAGUGAAGCUUCAUCCUCCACCUCAUCCUCCUCCUCCUCCUCCAACCUCACACAGUUAGGCUCACCACAGUCCUACUCUUGCCAAACCCCUCGGGCUCAAAUUGCCCCUCAUUGUUCCUCCUUCGAUUGGAGUGAUUUUCUUCACAGUGACUCGUUUAUGUGGUCACUGAAUCCCUCAGGUCUAGUGCAAAGUGAAGCUGAACUUUCCAACAAUGCCAAAAGCAAUGGCCAUGACCAUCAAGGAGUUGCAGCAAUUGAGGGUUGUCGUGGUGCAAGCAUGGAAUAUCAGAUCAAAAAACAGUGUGAAGGUCAUUCAUUUGUGGAUGGUAUUUUGGACAGGGAUAGUGAGUUAAGAGCAGCAUUCCCUGAAUUUUUGGAUGCUUCUUUUGAAUACUAA